AUGAGAAAUAAGCAAAUGGAUGAGAUUUGUGUAGUAUGCGAAGUUAAUUACAGAAAAGAUAAAAAGAAUGCAAACACAAUAGCACCACCUCCAAACAAAUAGGAUACUCCAAAAAUUGAAACUUAACCAUUAUAAAUUAUUCAAGAGCAAUAGCCAAUCAUUAAGCAAGCAGCAACUACUUAGAGUCAGCCAAAGGAGUAAAAUCAGAAUGAGACAUCAAAGACUAAUUUUUAUGAGAAUUAAGCAGCUUAUAAAGAUGAGAAUUAAUCUAACUUAAUGGGCACUGACAUCUCAAAGAAAGAAGCUGGCAAUAUUUUAAGAUAAAAGAAACUGUAUCUGGUCAGUCUACUCGAGAAUGAAACUAGUAUCGAUGGUAUUGAUAAAAUAGUUGGACUUCUCGACAAACUGCAAACCUUAUGUGACAAGCUAAAGUUUUGA